GGCAUGUUUGUUUGUGGCUUGACUGGAUGGCAAGAAAAACACCUGGUGCUAGCCAACUUCCAUACUCAUAACGGUGAAGUCAGGUGAAUAAAGUGCUCAUCCAUUGAGUGAUCGCUGCUGCUUUCUGUAAUGAAGUCUUGGCCUAACUAUGCUUCAGUUUUCUCUUCUGGCCAUUGGCUGCCCACCACUGUUAACGGGACCAUUCCGAUUGAACACAGAACUGCCACUCCAGCAAAGCCGGCCAAUUCUCACCUCUAACGUUUGUACAGCCUCCGUAUUUAUUAUAGCUCGGCAUGAAAGGGUGCAAAUACACGGCAAAUAUCGAGGCACAAUAGUAAUAGCUAAUUUGUAUCGCUUGAGAGUAAAAAGACCGGAGUAAUCCAUCCGACAGUUCAGGAUGAUGUAGUCAUGAUGUUUCC